GCACUGCCUUUAACCUUUAGCACAACAACUUUCCUUACUCAAGACAAUUUAAAAGCCAAGCAAGCAGCCAAAAACUCCUGUCACAUACCCAAAUGAAAGGCCUCUAUUUGUAAUCCACUUGGAUACUAUCUUCUAUCAACGCCAUUGUCUUUCAGGACCAUUAUGGAACAUCUGGGCAUCAAUGCCAUGGUGGCCUUUUGUUUCUGGGUGGCACUGAUGACAAGUGCACAUCCUCUUGGAAAUGUCCUGGGAGAAAGUCGAGAAUUUCAAAGAAAACUACUGGUCGAGCCUGCCACAUCAAUAAGUCUCAACUACACUGGCGCUGUUUCCAAGACAGACGAGAAUGGUAGCACCAAGACUUGGGCCGGCAUGGCCGCAGGACUGGCCUCCGCCCUCGCUGUCUCCGUGUUACUUGUGGUGGCAGUCAAGUCCCGCGUCUUCCAGCGCUACUUGUAUCGCUACCGUCACUCGCAGCUCCUUGAUGGGGACACAGCCAGCCAGUUCAGCCGCGACGAGGUCACCUUCGCCGGGCGGGGGGUGGAGGGCAGGGGGUACGGAGGUGCCAAUGGGACCCACGGAGUGGAGGAUACCGACGAUGACGACGGCUUCAUUGAGGACAACUACAUCCAGGCUAGCGAGAAGGCAAGGGCGGAGAGCCGCGAUGACGAGAGCGUGGAGGGGGAGGUGGUGGAGGACAGCGACGACGAUCUCGAGUUCACCAUUGACUGAUGUGAAGACUGGUCGAAAAAUAUUGUUUACAGUUGGCUGAUUGACUGCUGUGACUGAAAUGCUGUCAAGACCGGAUAAAAUAAUAUUUGUAUGCAUUCAAAUAAUUUAGCUUUUCUUUUUGGCGGCGUGUGGUACAAUUAAACCAAAUAAACUAUCCAAAAAAGAAAGUGGACAUGACGGAUUCAAGUAAUAAUAAAAAAGACAAGAAUAUUUGAAAGAAAAUAUCACUUAGAAUUCAAGACGACAGUAUCUGGAAAACAACGAUACUGAGAUAUGAUCGUGGUCCCACAUGAUAGGUUUAUAGUACAUUCAUAAAGUCGUUCAUAAACACUAUACGUGUAAUUCUUUACAAAUCUUUGUUAGGGAAAUUAAAAUAUAUAUUAUGAGAUAGAAGGUCAUCACAUUUGAUUCUUUGUAGAAGGUAUAAUCAUACUUUUAAAAAUUAACCAGUUGCCUAGAAUAUUUUAGGACAGCGACCAAUCAUGAAGCAUGUUUAUGCCGAUGUUAUAAACAUUUGAUGUUGUUUCGUAAAUAUUUGAUAAAGAAACAAUGCAUGUU